UGAGAUGCGUGAUGGUGGUUUCUCACACUGAAUUUCGUGUUGCACUACCGACUACGGGAUACUGGCCGUACAAUAGUCGGUUGCUGCACGCCAUGGCUGGCGGUGGAAUAUCCAGUUUUUAUUCCCGAUGAAAGCUCGUUUUCAGGUACACCCGUUGGUCAUAAUAAAAGCUGCUCCCAUUGACGCGACAUCGAUACAAGCGCCGAUGAUCCGGCUUUGCGAGAUAAUGAUUCUCCGUCUAGUUUGCGUCCACUCCGAUUCGCUUCAACUGAACAGCUCGGAAAAACGGGCCGGCAAAAAAGUGUCAACUGAUCACUCCGUAGUGAGAGAAUACAUCCGGCUUCCUUCGUUGCUGGUUUGCUCCGACUACCAUGACUGGAUUUACGCCGGUUUUGUUAACUCUGCCCUCAUUCACCCCUUCGCUUGCGGUUGAGAUUCUUCCUCACGGCUUGACAAUUCAUCGUUUCAUCAUACAAGCUGACGGACGAACCCAUGACAUCGUGGUAGGCCCAGAGGCGCCUGAAGACCAUAUCACCCAGAAGUAUACGAACACCAUCAUUGGUCGUUACGCCAACCGCGUGCCUAUAGGAUCACAUAAACUGCAGCGGAAUGGAUACGAAGCUAUUCUUGUCGCUCAGGCGAAUGAAAACGCCAGGGUGUCUCUGCACGGUGGUCCAAUCGGAUUUGAUUCGCUCUCAUGGACGCUCCUUUCUGCAGACACACCACCCACACUUUUCUCCAAGGCAGAACUCGGACAUUUUCCGACGGAAGAAAAUAAUUCUCAUGCUGUAUUCCGUUUGGUAUCUCCGGACUCCGAUCAAGGCUACCCAGGUGAGCUCACUGUUGAGGUUUUGGUUGCCCUCCUGGCUCCAGAGCCUCAGGUGACAGAGACGGGCAAAGAAUUUGAUUUGGGGAGCUUGGUGUACGUGUACAGAGCAAAGGUGAAUAAAGGAGUGACUCCAGUUAAUUUGACGCAGCACUGGGGGUUCAAUCUUGAUGCUAGCAUGAAGGAGCGACCAGGAUCUAACGUAAAGAACCAUUAUUUGACACUGAAAGCCGACCGUAUCGUUUCCCGAGAUUCGGACAGUCUUCACAGUGGGAGCUAUAUCUCAGUUACAUCGGCACCUGAGCAUAAUCACUCCGGAAAGAAGAUUGGCGACAAGUAUCCUGAGCCGGGUUAUGCAGAUGACUUCUAUGUCUUUGAAUCUCGACCCAUCGAUGUUCCCAAGCGUGUACCCAUUUCAACGUUCUCGGACGAUUUCGACCUUAUUAAGGACAUCAUCACGCCUUCCAUGACCCAUUCCCCAGUAGCCCGGCUUCUGUCAGACAUCUCUGGAUUGAGCUUGGCGUUUGACACUAAUCAAUCCGGGGUGAUGUUUUACUCCAACAUCGGUGCAGUUCCGGAAAGAGAUGCUAGGAAGAAGAUACAUGGAGGGUCUGGACUCAAAGGCGAUGGCCUUGCUCCAGGAACCGCGGCCUUCCUCGAAUUCCACGAUGUACUGAGCGCAUUCCUAGACCCUUCGAACAUGGAUGGCGAGGAUGGCUUGUUAACACAGGAUGAAUUGUAUACUAAUUAUGUCCGUUGCGAUGUGCGGUUCAAGGCGCCGGCGAAGUGA